AACAUUUGCUGACAUUUACCAAAGUGAUUUUAGUUGUUUGGUUGGAAGUAAAAUAUCUCAGAUAUUUGUUUUUGUCGUAGGUGAGGUGCCAAAAUUUCGUAAAAGAAAAGUCAAAAGUGCAAUAAAGUGUUUUUAUAUCAUGGCAAAAACCUACGACUAUUUGUUUAAACUUUUAUUAAUUGGUGAUUCUGGUGUCGGGAAAACGUGUGUACUUUUUCGAUUUUCGGAAGAUGCUUUCAAUACAACUUUUAUAUCGACUAUAGGUGAGUCAUUUUCAGCAUCGUUAAAGACGCCGUUCUUAAAAAUUACAGUUGCAGUGAUUGGCAUCUUCACGAAUCGGAAUAAGGGCGGAAAACCUUUCGCUGCUAUUAUGCUGAAACUCGAGGCAAGCAAUCCUCCAAAAGGUCAUCAGCUUAAGGCAGCCGAACCCCAACGAAAACCAACGAACUGGUUGUCGAGGUGUACAAUACUCUGACCUAUUUAUGCAAAUUAAAUCUCCAUUAAUGUAUAAUGCAUCACA